GAUCCGGCCACUGUCUGUAUCCGUCUCUGCCGCGCACGGCGCCCGGGAAUGCGGGGUCCGGCACGCCGUCCCCGUCGUAGUCUUUUCCACAGGCGGCUUCGCCGGCAGGAACUUCUUCCACGACUUCUCCGACGUCCUCAUCCCCUCUUCAUCACCUCGUUCCACUACCGCGGCCGCGUCCGGUUCCUGAUAACCAACUUCAACGAGCGCUGGGUCGACAAGUACGCCGGGAUCUUGAACCGCAUGUCAGACUACGAGGUCGUCAACUUGGACGGCGACGAGCGGGUGCAUUGCUCCGGCAAGGCCCACGUCGGGCUGAUGAGCCACGACGAGCUGGUCAUCGACCCGGCCAGGACGCCGGGCAACUACUCCAUGGAGGACUUCAGGGAGCUCCUGCGAUCGAGCUUGUCGUUGAAGAGGAGAUCGAUCGGGGAGCGGAAGAAUUACUCUAAACCGAGGCUGCUGCUCAUGCUCAGAAAGGGGUCGCGAGAGCUGACCAACAAAAGGGAGGUCGUCUCGUUGACUCGGAGACUGGGGUUCAAGGUGGUGGCGAUGGGGCCGGAGCAGACCCAGAACCUGUCGCGCUUCGCCGGCGUCGUGAACUCCUGCGACGUGAUGGUGGGGGUCCACGGGGCGGGUCUGACAAACAUGAUCUUCCUGCCGGCGAACGCGACGCUGGUACCGAUCGUCCCCUGGGGCGCCCUCCGCCACGCCGGCAACGAUGACUACGGCGGGUCGGCGGCGGCGAUGGGGGUCAAGUACUUGGAGUACGAGGUGAAGAAGGAGGAGAGCUCGCUGGCGAAGCAGUAUCCGAGGGAGCAGCCGGUGUUCAUGGAUCCGGAAUCGGUGCGACGGCAGGGAUGGGACACGCUCUGGGCGGUGCUCCUCAACAAGCAGAGCAUAACGCUGGACGUGAGGAGGUUCAAGGGGGUGUUGCAGGAAGCCAUGAGGACCUUGAUUUACGACAAGCCGCUUGACGUGGAGAUAGUAAUUGACACAUGCUAUAUUUGAGGUAGCAGGUAGAUGAUACAAGGUCACUUGGAGAAUCCUGACUGUUGAUCCCACGUCACAUUUGAGGACAGAUUUUUUGGUUUUGUUACUGCUUUGUUUGUGUUUGAAUUUGUGAACUUGGUUCUGUAAUAAUUUGAUGUGGAUAUGGAGUUUAGUCUUGUUGUUGCAUGUAUUUGGUUUGAUGAUGUUGUGUUAAGCCGAGCCAGCUCGCAGUAUUCGUUUUGUUGGUU